CGGCCUUCGCAGGAUCAGCCUGCAUCCCCAUACCCAUGGUCACAGCGAAGGCUGAACUUCACAGUCACACAUUCGAAUCCCUUCCCUCGAUACGGCGCUGCAGUCAAUGCCAGUGCCAGUAAGGACGGUUCGAUAUAUUUGAUGGGUGGUCUCAUCAAUGGAAGCACCGUGAAGGGCGAUCUGUGGAUGGUGGAAGCCGGCCCUCAAGCAACAGGCAGCAUGACUUGCUUCCCAGUAGCCACCACUAGUGAAGGCCCAGGCCCAAGAGUAGGCCACGCCAGCUUGCUCGUUGGCAAUGCCUUUAUCGUUUUUGGUGGUGACACGAAAAUGGACGAGGGCGAUAUGCUGGACGACACCCUCUACCUGCUUAACACCUCCACCAAGCAGUGGUCGAGAGCCUUGCCUGCGGGACCGAGACCGCCAGGUCGUUAUGGCCACACUUUGAACAUCCUGGGCAGCAAAAUUUACAUCUUUGGUGGUCAAGUCGAAGGAUACUUUUUUAAUGACUUGGUCGCCUUCGAUCUCAAUGCCCUACAGCAAGCCACCAACAGAUGGGAAAUCCUUAUUCAGAACACGAUAGACGGCGGUCCUCCUCAUGGCCAGAUACCACCCGCUCGAACGAAUCACACCAUUAUUACAUGGCAAGAUCGACUAUAUCUCUUUGGCGGUACUGAUGGCAUUCACUGGUACAACGAUGUAUGGUCAUACUCGCCCGCAUCGAACUCUUGGGUGCAGUUGGACUGCAUAGGAUACAUUCCGUCGCCUCGGGAGGGACAUGCGGCGGCAUUGGUGGGAGAUGUAAUGUACAUAUUCGGAGGUCGUAAUGAGGAGGGCAAUGAUCUUGGCGAUUUGGCGGCAUUCCGAAUAAGCUCAAGGAGAUGGUACACUUUCCAGAAUAUGGGCCCGAGCCCGAGCCCAAGAUCUGGACACAGCAUGACCACGGUUGGAAAACAGAUUGUGGUUCUUGCAGGUGAGCCUAGUAGCGCGCCCAGAGAUCCUGUCGAGCUCGGACUGGCCUACUUUUUGGAUACGAGCAAGAUACGAUACCCGCCAGACUCUACGCAAACACCUCCGAAUGAGAGAGUGCAGCAGGCUAGACACCCUAGUAAUGAUCGUGCCGGCUCACGAGGACGGGGACCACCUAGAGCAGAGCUCAUGGACCGCGAGCAUGGGGAUAACACUCGCAUACGCUCACCAGACGGCGCAUCAAGGCUUCCUCGCGCGCAAGGCCAAUUACCCGCACCUGUAGGCCCGCCUCCACAAGCUCCUGCGCAACGACAACCAGGACCACAACCGGUUGCCAGGCAACCUUCGAGGACGCCAGAUCGUGCCUUCAGCCCGUCCAACGAGAAUGAGCGACCGCAGGGGAUGGAAAAUGUCAUGACCUCUGAGACUCAUCGAGCUUCACCUGUGCAGAGAGAUCGUGGGAUGCCGAUGUCUCCAAGCUUUGAGGAAGAUGGAGAUCAGUAUUCACAGCCUUCAGGCCAGCACUCAAAGUCUGAGGGUACACCCAGACCCUCCAUGGAUGGCGGUCCGAUCUCCAAGGUCAGGCAGAUAUCAGAGGAACGCGAACUUCCCAUGGAUUCAGGUAUAGGCUCAUCGCCGGCUUUCCACCAGCAGAUUGAUGAUACUGCCCGAGAGAUCGAGCUGCUAAGACAGAAAAACGCGUGGUACGCCUCCGAGCUGCUCCUGGCCAAGAAAUGUGGAUAUCAAUCCCGGGUCACAGAAUCGCCGGUAUUUGAUGAGCGUGUCAAUGAUGCCUUCAAAGAUGACGACAAGCCACUGAUCGAAGCUUUGUUGAGGAUGCGAUCAGAGCUUGCCAAGGUGCAGGAGACCAUUGAAGAGCAGAGCAAAAACGCUGCCGAGCGUAUUGCGGAGGUUGAAAAGCAGCGAGACGUUGCGAUCAACGAAGCUGUCUUCGCUAAAGCUAAGCUGGCCGGCCAAGACGGUGAACCGAAAACACUCGAUCGCAGCAACGAUAUCAGUAGACGGCUUGCAUCAUCCUUGGAGGCGCAAACUGAGCUCAGCCGCCGAAUGGACUCUUUGAUCCAAGAGAUCGAAGCAGAAAAGAAGGCUCGCGAGCUCGCAGAGGACACGGCAGAGGCUGCGCAGAAGCGCGCUGCAGAGUUGGACACAUACCGGCAACAGCACACUUCGGAAAUCGAAAGUCUGCGUUCGGAACUGCAUGAAGCACAAAAGGCCCACCGCGAAGCUGCCGCCAGCCUUGCCGAGAUCUUGACCCGGCAUAAGAUUCUCACUGUUGACAAGGAAGAGCUCAGCAAGAAGCUCGACGCAUUGACAGCGGAGGGCAAGGAUCACACGACUACACUGAUCAGUCUGCGAGAGGCUCUCACUGCUUCGGGCGACAAAGCUGAGCUUUUGGAGCGGAAGCUUGAGGAAGAACGCAACAACCGCGACCAGCUCGAAAGGAGCUUGCGCGAGCUCAAGACACAGCAUGAGCAGCGCAUCACUGACCUUGACAGCGCAACUCGACGACUUAGAGAUGCCGAAGAACUUGCCGAGAAGCACGCAGCAGAAGCGAGGACUCAUCGGGAAGCUGUUCUCACUGGCCUUGGCCAAAUCAGUCAGCGGGACAGUAGUGACGGUGAGGCACACGAUGAGCGUGUCGCGAUUUUGCAGCAGCAAGUCGAAGCCGCCAAUGCCAUGGUCCGGCAGAACCAAGCCGCCGCAGAUUCUGCUGCCGAGAAGCUGCGACGUGCCGAAGAACGCAUUGCUGGGCUAGAGGCGUAUCAAGAGCAAGCCAGCCGCGAGGGCCUGUCGAUUCGGAAGCAGUUGCAGGGCGCCAUGAAGGAGAACCAGGCCCUCAAUGCUGAAAAGGCAGAGCUCGAACAAAAACUUGAACGGCACAUGCUGGAGACAAACGCACUUUCCGUGCAGCACGCAUCGCUCAAGGAGAUCUUGAACGAACGUGGGAUAAAUCCAGCUGAGAAGCGCAGGUCUCGCGCGCUGGAUUCGCCAAGCAUGCAACGCUUCAGCACACCAGACCUGCAUCGCGUCCGAGAUCUGGAGCAGCAGCUCGAAGCAAACUCCAAGGCCCACGAGGAGCUGAAGGCACAGUUUGAAGAGAUCAAUGUUCGAGGCGAACAAAUGAAGCGCGAGUAUGAGGAGAAACUUGCAGCGCUGGACAAUGACCAUCAAGCCGCAGUCAAGUACUUGCGUGGGACUGAGAAGAUGCUCUCUAAGAUGAAACAGGAGAUGCAGCGCGUUAAGAACGAGAACGGGGACCUGAAGAAGAAGCUUGACAAGGCAAAGGACGAUAUUGAAUCGACCAAGAGCACAUCCAGCAAUCACUCCUCCGACGAUGUCGAAGCAGAGAGGGAGAAAAUGCUACAAGAGAUGUCCAAGCAGCACUCCAGCCUGCAGAGCACUGUCGAAGAAAUGGAAGGCCGCAUCGCCAAGAUGCAAGAGCAGCUGCAGAGCACGCAGACUGAGCUCACACGAGCCAAGACUUCGCAUGCGUCCGCGCAAAGCGAUCUUGCUGCUUUGCAGACGACCGUGGCAACGUCAAGAUCCGACAUGGAGCGGCUACAAAAGGAGAAUGCACUCCUUGAAGAACGGGCCAAGGAUGCAGAAAACAAGGUUCAAUUGUUGCUGGAUCAGGUGGAAUCGAGCGUUGACAACUACCGACGACAAUCUCGCAUGCGCGAUCCAGGAGAAAUUCCAACGCUGAACGGCAGUGUCCAUCAGCGGCCACCCAGCAUCAGUGAAGCGAGCGAUGCUACUGGUGGCUCAAACCAUCUCACCAAGACCCACACCCGAAACUUGUCUAACAGUGGUGACAGUACAUACUCUGCUGGGGCCGAGUCUGGCGGUGAAGCGGGACGAAAUUCACUAGCACUGGACUCCCUCGCCAGCGAAUUGGACGCGCUGCGUACGCAUUGGGAAACGACGAACAAAAAUUAUCGUCUCUCCGAUCGCUUUGAGUACGAGCGUACUCCAACUUCCGCAACCACU